CUUUGGACCACCUGGGGAGCGAUUAUGUCGGGCCCUUGGCGCGGGAAUCAUUGGCAGACUAUGUUGGCUCUCAAAUGCAACCCAUUGGGCCUUUCACGUCUUACGAGAAUUAUCUCGUUGCGGAACCUUUGUGACGCUAGAUCUGAUUGUGAGAGGGAAGUAUUGUUAUGCAGCACGAGCAGUUGACGCGCUUUUAUCCCAUCGCUUUCUCUUGGACUCUGUUCCAAGAAUCUUAUCCUAUCACGGCUAUGUCGACGGACGGUUCUUCCUGACGUAUGCAGAUGAUAAGGAGACGGCAAUCUGGUUGAUGAUUACAAUAUUACAGGAAUUGUAGACUGGGACUGGGCGCAUACGAGCUCAAAAUCCGCAGCCUUCAACUCUCCGGUCAUGCUUCUCCCUGCUUCCGAUUUCCAUGACGAAUUGAAGGAUUCUGGAGAGAAUGAACUAGUAUUUGCGCAGUUCCUGGAAAAUAAACGAUAUCCAGACCUCGCCCCACUAGUGAGGAACGGGCGAAUUCUUCACCGAUUUGAAUUCUGCUGCCGGUAUGACCUCGCAGAUUGGGAGGGUUUCCUGGGGCUAUUCCAAGGUCUCCUUAGGGCAAUGGAUGUUGAUGGGGAAUUGGAAUGGGAUGCUUGGAAAGAGAAAACCAUGAAUGAAUACAAAGAUGAUGUUCAGUUGAAAGAGCUGAUGGACAGAUGUGCCACUAUACCAAAUUAGGAAACCAUCAUGGG